UCGGGGGCGCGAGAUGAUGGGCCAUGGCUGCGGCUGGAGAUCGCAGCAAAUUGCAGGCCUUGAGUUCGCUGGGUCGGUCCCCCAGCGGCAAUGAUGUGGAGAAGAUUCUGGAAGUUGUCUUUGAGGACUGGCGACAUCGACCUCAGUUGGCCACGGCUGUUCUUAGCGGAUUGGGGAAGCAGUCCUUUGCCACCACAGCACUGGAAGUUCUCAAAGCCAUGGAACGACGAGAGCUUCGCACUGAUGUCAUUCAUUACAACAGCGUUUUGGGUGCUCACAGGGCUUCAACUUGGCCAUUUGCAACGGCACUAUUGCAGAGAGCUGCUGGAAAUGGACUCCCAUUGCAGCCCCUCAGCUUUUGUGUCACCAUGGUGGCAGCCAGGAAGGAAUGGCAGCUGUGUUUGCGGCUCCUUGACGAGAUGAGCAAGUCCCAAGCCCAAGCGGACGUAAAGAGCUUCGGUGCAGCUAUGAGUGCCUGUGAGGCUGCCGGGCGCUGGACGGAAGCCUUAUCCAUCCUGGAGGAGUGUUUGGAGGUGCAGUUGCAGCCUGACGUGAUGUCCUUUAGUUCAUUGAUCUCUGCGUGUGGCGAAGGUUCACAGUGGCAGCAAGCAGUAGAAGCAGUGUAUUGGAUGGAAGACCUCCAGCUUUGGCCAGACCUGCAGUGCAUGAAUGCAAUCAUUGCGGCCAGUGGUUCCUGGCCUUUGGCAUUGCAUCUCCUAAGGUCCAUGCACGAACGUCAGCUUCAAUGCGACACUGUAAGUUUCAAUGCUGCCAUGAAGGUCCUGGGAUCAUCAGAGCAGUGGCCAACGAUGCUUCAGCUGAUGCAACAGAUGUUCGAGGUAGCCAUCCAUCCCAGCAUCAUCACCUUCAACACGGCCUUGACGUUUGUGCCUGGCUGGGAGGCCGCAAUGUGGCUUCUGCAGGAUUUGAACACAGCCAGACUCAGAUCAAACCAAAUUAGCAUGAAUUCAGCGAUGAGUUCAUGGGGUGCUUCACAGUGGGAGAGAUGUCUUGAUGCUUUGCAGGCGUUUCCAACACCGACAAGCUACAACACUGUCAUCAGCGUGUGUGCACAGGUGAAGAUUUGGAGAAUGGCACUGCGACUAUUUGAUCAAAUGUUUGAACGCAGACUGAAACAGGACACAAUGGGUUUGAACUUGGCGAUCAAUGCCUGCCGCGAUCAACCACACGUUGUCGCUCAGCUACUGAGAUGGUCAGAGCAGUUGGUGAAGCCGGAUGCAGUGACCUACAGCGCUGCUAUCAUGGCCACCGUGGAUUGGACACAAGCACUGAACUUGUUGGCAAAAAUGUCACUGCAAGGUCUGGAGAACACAGCACCUAGUCACAAUGCAGCCCUGAAGGCCUGUGAGAAAGCAGGCGAAUGGACAGUGGCACUCGUACUUCUACAAGAGAUGGCAUGGGGAGGCUUUUACGACAUCAUCAGUUUCAACAGUGCUAUCAGCGCUUGCGAGAAGGCGAGUGAAUGGACUGUGGCCCUGAAGCUCUUGGAUGAGGCCAAGGAGUCGCGAUGUUUGAUCGAUGUGGUGACAAUCAGUGCUGCCAUUGCGGCCUGUGAAAAGGCAGGAAGGUGGCAGUGGGCUCUGGCACUACUGGAGAGCGCCGAAGAACCGGAUGUCAUUGCCUACAGCUCCGUCAUUUCGGCCUUUGACGGUUGCUCCAUGUGGCUGGAAGCUCUUCAGCUGCUGCAAACCAUGGAGGAAGAUCUGGUGGCGCCGAAUGAUGUAAGCUAUAAUAGCGGAAUCAGUGCCUGCGCAAGCGGAGGGGAAUGGCAAAAGGCCUGGUGCAUGUCGGAAUGCAUGGAGAUAAGACGACUGCGGCGCAGCGUCAUUUCUUUUAGUGCUGCAAUCAGUGCUUGCGAACGCAACCUGCAAUGGCAGCGCGGGAUUUUUUGUCUGCAAAUGAUGCAAGAUGUGGCCUGCAAGCCAGAUGUCAUUGCUCUCAACGCCAAUCUGCAAAAUUGCGAGAUGGCCAGGCAAUGGCGCAUAGCCUUGAAACUUUUGUGCGACGCUUUCGAAUGGCAACUGCAGCCAGAUGUGAUGUCCUGGACCAUGGUUCUGGGCGCUUGUGCAAAGAAUGGGCGGUGGCAACUCACCCUGUCAUUGCUGCUGUCCAUGUUGCAUCAGAGGUUGCAGCCUUCAAUUAUCAGCUACAACACAGUUUUGAGCGCCAUGGAUCAAUGCUACGUGCGGUGGGAGUUGUCUCUCAGCACAGUGCAAUUGAUGGUGGCGAACGGCGUUGACCCCGAUUCAGCUGCAUAUAGCAUGCUGAUGAAAUCUUGUGAGCUUUCUGAUUGUCCCUCUGGCGUCUCUCACAGAUCUGCCCUUUCUUCGGUGACAGGUGAUAGCUUCACCCAGUUUCAACACCUACCUGGACUUGCGACGCUGCUGGAGAGUGAUGCGACACGAAAGUUGGCCCAGAGAAAAGCGGCGCUUCACUUGGGCAUGUCAAUCCACUUCAAACAUUGA